GGCACUGUUCCGGAAGUUCCAGGACCGGGUGGACUGCUGGCAGUCGGCGCGGCAGGCUGCGGCGCCGCGGGGCCCCGCCGCGGGCGACGCGGGCGGCUUCGUGGCACGGGCUGGCGGCGCCCUCUCCGGCGGGCUCUGCGCCCUGUGCGGGCUCGACGGCCCGGUCGUGCCCGCCGCGCGGUUCGGCGGCAAGGCCGCCGUGCCGCGGUGGGCGAGGAGCUGGCCGCACGCGCUGUGGGCGCUCCCGGGCGCCGCGCUCGUCGACGCCGCCGCCGUGGGCCUGUCGCUGCUGCGGCGCGCGCCGCUCCGCGGCCCUGCCGCCCUCGAGGACGCGGGCGCCGGCGGGGCGGCCGAGGCGGCCGGCUCCCACGGAGCGGCCGCCUGACGGUGCUCGCCGUGGCGGGGAGGGGCUGCGGAGCGUGGUGGGCCCGCUGUCCACCACCGCCACCGGACGUGGGAGGGGGAGGGGGCCCUCCUCCUCCUCCUCCUCCUCGUCCUCCUCCUCCUCGUUCUCCUCGUCCUCCUCGUCCUCCUCCUCCUUCCCCCGUCCAACUUAUAUGGUGGUGGUGGUGGAGAACAGGCCCAUCAGAUCGGGCGGGG